AUGUCGAGCGCGGCCAAGACAGGUGGAGAGCACGAUGAGGAGACGGAAUCUGUUGCAUUGUUCAGCCAGUCAGAUCUUUUCCCUGUACCUAGUGAAAAAGUACUAACGGUGGAUAUACGCGAUGGUUCAGUGAGGAUUUUGAAGUGCACACUUCCGGCCUUGUUAGUGAAGUUGUCUUCUCCAUUGGACAAUGUGGAUUAUUCGAUGUUAACGGAUUUUUUCCUGGUCUACCGCAGCUUCAUCUCCAGUGAGAGCUUGCUCGAAUUAAUUUUAGAAAGGUUUCAAUGGGCUUUGACCCUACGUCAGUCAGAGUCAAGGCAGAAAAGUUUAUCUGAAAUCAUAUUGGUACGAAUGUUCGUUCUGAUAAGGCAUUGGCUCUCAAACUAUUUUGCGCAAGAUUUUGUACUUAACGCAUCCUUGCGUUCAACAAUGUUGCUAUUCAUCAAUUCUUUUUCCCCGUCAGAUAAAUUUCUCGAUAAUAUCAUCUUGAGCUUGAAGAAGCUUUGGGUGCAGAAUGUGCAAUUGAUGUGGGAAGAUGUCGGAGACCUAGCAAGUCAGAACAAUAUAAGUACCCGCGAACAGUGGCUCAACUGGAAGAUAUCGGAUGUCUCGUCAGUAAUACCGAAUAACCAUAAUGGGGAUACAAGCAAUCAGAGCUCACAGACGACACUAUCAAAACAAAGACGUUUGAGCUCCAUAGCGUUACAAAAUAUUAACGAUCCUGCACACAGAAAUGAAUCAUUACUUUCGCUACUGCAUACAAAGGAAAAAAUACCUUUACCUCAGCAGUCUGAAGGUGACACGAAAAAACAGAGUAUGAGAAUUAAACAACGUACAGGCUCUAUGCUUUUGUUCCCAGAAAAUGCAUCUAAUGGAUACACUGCUAAGCAAAACCAUAGCUAUAAUAAUACACACCUACAAGAAUCAUCAACUAAUCAGAAAAAUGUGACCAUCACAACCCUAAAAUCCCUUCAUACCCAAAAUAUUACCCAACUGUCAAAAGAUACCGAUGUAUCAACUAUAAUGAAAGAACUAGAAUACCCUAUCACACCAUCAGUAGAUGCGGUAAUCCCACCAACCCCGGCAAAGAAAAUCGAGUUUAUCUUACAAACGUCUUAUGUAGACGCUGAUCCUACAGAAAUAGAAAAGAAAACUCAACAAAAGAAUUUAAGAGAGAGCGUUCAUCAUAAAGGAAUUAUAGGGCUCCUUUCUAAAUGGAAGCUAAAUCAUCAAACCAAAGCUAACCCCCAACGUGUACAGAAUCCUCCAAGGGUGGAAAAGUUAAUAAAGUACGUUUUCUCAAUUUCUUCAUUAGAAACACAUUCAAAUCCACAACCAGAUUCUAUUGGAUCUAAAUUUGACAUUCUUAGUGCUAGAACUAUUGAGGAAGUUGAGUACCUAAUAUCUGUCGAAAAAGAUCUGUUGGAGAAAGUAGAGGAAAAUAGAAUAUCUGCAAAGACAUCCAAAAUAGAGUCAAGCGAGGAUGAUUCAAAUGAUUACAGCGUAAUCGAUAAUUUGAAUCUAUACAAAACUGUUUCCUCAAUUGCAAAUUCCGUAAUAUCACUUUCCAAAACUUUGAACAAUAAAGGGAAUAAAUCUGCCACACAUCUUCUGUCUCCAUCCAUGACGGCACUAGAAAGAAGAAAAAUUAGAAAUUCAGCCCCAAUGUUACAUUCUUAUAAUUCUUCGAGAUAUAGCAUAUCAAACGCACUGAUCGGGGUGCCAAAAUCAGAUGAAAGGAGCAGUCCAAAAAGAUUGGUCUUUCUGGAUUCAAAGAGGAAUUCACCCACAAAGAAAGCAAUCCUCGCUAAUAGUUUGGGAAACAUAGGAGAAUACAAUGGUCAAAGGAAUUCAAUUACCUCUGUUGUAACAUACGACUCUGCAUUUUCCUCAACUUCAGCAUCGGAAGUGGCGCCAAAUAAGAAUAAUGCCAACUCUAAUAUAUUUAUGGAUGCGGCUCCAACUUUAAAGAGGAAAGUUAAUGUAAAUGAUCUUCGUAGGUUUAAUUUCGAAGAACCUGAUUCUACGGAAAUCAACAAUAAUAAAUCCAAUGAAAAUGUUGACCAACGCGAUUCCGUCUCUAUUCAUACUGCACAUAACGAAAUUGAUGCUACAAAACCUGAUUCAGAGCUUGAAAACGCAGAUAUUUCUUCAUUAAUAACAGCGUAUGAAGAAUCCACUUCUGAACUCGGCAAUGCACGUAACAGUGUGGCAGAAGUCAAACGACCAACUAGUGGCAGAAUAAGCAUUUCCAGAAAUCAGAAUGCAGCUAUAUCUGCAUCAAUGUCUUCAGCAGUACCAAAAUCUCCACUGAUUUUGAGGAAUGAAUUUUUCAUAGAAAGGGACCAAGCUCUUGCAUAUAACCAAGAUAUCAUAUCGGAAUUAGAAGAGACAACUUCUCACUUUCUUAAGGAUGAUAUUAAUUUGAGGUCUCCAAGCAAGCACGAGUCUCUAUGCAAUGACUCUGACUCUCAAAGUGUAGCCACAAAUUUACUUUUCACUUCAGCCAAGGCAUCGCCGCAGAAAGCCGGAAUGCGUAAUUCAGUUUCCUUUCCUGAAGAAGAAGAAUACGAAUACAAUUCUCAGCCAGCGUCUCAUUCCUCAGUUCCUAAACUUUCCCAAACUCCAAGCAUUAAAUCAAUAACAAGUCAUGAUUCGGAGCACUCGCUUGAACACUCCUCCGAUUCAAGUGCUCAUAAGAGCUCAAAGUAUACGUCUAUUCGAGAGCAACUACAAUUAGCCAAACAACCAACGAGCGAUAUAUUUGACGAAGAUAUUGACAAUAUCAAUACCGAGCAAAACAAGUAUCUGUUCUCGCCAGAUAUAGAUAAUGGUGAUUAUGCUUCACCAGAAAAAAAUCUGGAUGACUUAAAGCAGCAGUUUAUUGAUGCUCCUGAUGAGGAAACUUCGUUAGAGGAGGAGGAAGACGAUAUUGAUAAUCCAACAACAAACCCUAAUGUUGUUGAAAAUGAGGAGAUUGACGAAAAAAAACUGGAAGACAUCAUCAACGGUAUAGAUGAUACCAUGGAUAGCAAUAUGGAUCCUGUUAACCUUGCAUUAAUGAAAUUGGAAGGCACCUACGUCAAAGAUAAAAACGGAGAAGAUGAUAAGAGUUCUCCAGUAAGUGAAUCACUUGCUAUGGAAGUUGAGAAAUUCCAAAUGAUUCAAUCCACUACCCUUCCUGAAAGUGCCCGCAAGAGACAAUCUAUGUUCAUCCAAAGGAGACGGAAUACAAUGAUUGAUCUCGGUGUGAGAAAUUCAACCGACGAAUCAGAGUCAGCUGAAGAUAACUCUGAGAAUACUGAUGAACAAAUUAGAAGAUUAUUAAGUGAAUACCAAAUAACCGAUCCCCGACUAGGUAUUAAAAACUUGAACCAACAUAUACCUUUCAUUUUAAUGUACGAUUCAAAAUCCGUCGCAACUCAAUUAACCUUAAUAGAGAAAGAUAUUCUAUCUGAAAUUGAUUGGAAGGACUUAUUAGAAUUAAAUAUGAAGGACCAGCUUCCUCAAUUCACUAGUUGGUUGCAAUUGUUAGUAUACAACGAUCAUUUGUCUGGAAUUGAUUUGGCUAUUGGACGAUUCAACCUAACUGUGGAUUGGAUAAUUUCGGAGAUUGUCAUGACCCAGGAUAUCAGAUUAAGGAGGAAUACAAUCCAAAGGUUCAUACACAUAGCUGAACACUGCAAAGAAUUGCAGAAUUAUAAUACCAUGAUGCAAAUUAUUCUUGCAUUGAGUUCCAUAGUUGUCCAAAGAUUCACCGAAACAUGGAGGUUAGUAGAGCCAGGCGAUUUGUUGACUUGGGAAAACUUAAAAGUCAUACCCUCCAUCGAAAAAAAUUAUGGACAAAUAAGACAGCUUUUAGACAAUAUGAAUCCUUUAUCGGGAUGUAUACCAUUUAUUGUGGUUUAUUUGUCGGAUCUGUCGUUGAAUACUGAAAAGCAUACUUGGAUUGUUCCUAAUGAGUUAUUGAACUACAACAAGUUCCAAAUAAAGGUCCAAAUAGUGAAGAAUUUUGUUCAAAGAAUGCAAUGGUCCAAGUUCUACCGCAUAGAUAUCGACAAUGAGCUAUUAAGCAAAUGUGUAUACCUUACUUCAUUGUCUCAUGAUGAGAUCAACACUAUUUCUGCCCAGCACCUAGCUCCACGAUAA